GAAAUUUGUUGAAGACUGAUGAAGGGGUAAGCAACCACCAUGAAAACAAAGAAAUAAAGAAAGGUGUACGUUAGGAAAAGGGAGUAACUAACUUAACGUCAACAACAGGUUGGUAGAGAACCAAGUUGCCAAGUUGCAGUACUUGAAAAGAAAAGCAAAGAAUCUUCUAAAGAUUUUGCAAGAAACCCAUGUCAAUAAAACAUUAAUUAGUAAGAUUGGGCAAUGAAAUUUAAUUUGCAGUGAACCGACUAGAACUACUGUUCAAGAAGACAAGAAAAUAUCAACAAUUACUGUAGAUAGCAUUCGGCAAGAAACUAUGCAUCGCUUGAUCCAGAAGAUGAGGCCUUACCUUCUUGCUUGGCUUCGCCGAUCUCGAUCUGAAUCUUUAAUGGGGGCAGUACUCAAGUUUUGUAUACUUCUUGAAUUGGAGUUGUAGUGGUCCAGCAUCGUUAGUGAGGCGCUUCUCGUACAAAGACAUGAAGAGGGCAACGGAUGGUUUUCGCCGGAUAAUAUAUAGCAAUACUCAUGGGGCAGCCUACAGGGCUAGAUUUCAAGAUGGCGAGGUUGCGUUGGUGAAGGAAGUAAAAGACUUGAAUCAAGGAAAGGACAAGUUUUUCAAGGAAGUUCAACUUUUGGGGCAGUUGCAUCAUCGCCACCUUCUUCCACUUAAAGGCUUUUCCAUAGGAUGUAAAAGGUUGCUAGUGUUUGACAAUGUAGAAAAUGGAAGCUUGAAGGAACAUCUCAGUGAUCCUCUUAAAACUCCCUUAAAUUGGAAUACAAGGUUACAAAUAGCCAUUGGUGUAGCAGCUGCAUUGGAAUAUUUGCUUCUCUUCAGCAACCCACCAAUAUAUCAUGUUUCCAUCAGCGCAAGUAAUGUAAUGCUAGAUGAAAACUACACUGCAAAGAUCUCUGAUGUCGGCCUUCUUAAUUCCAUUGGAGAUUAUGUAACAAUGCCUCAUUCCUCGAAUUCAGAAGAUUGUAUGGACCAUGCAUGUGGAAACUUAACUUUUCAGCUUGGUGUGCUAAUCCUGGAGCUGAUAACUGGUCAAUCAUCAGAAAAAGGAAGCACAGAUUUAAUCCAGUGGAUCCAAGAGUCCCGUUUCCGCAGUUCGAUUCAAAAGAUGAUUGAUCCUGAUCUAGGAAACAAUUACGACUCCAGAGAGCUUAAAAAUCUUCUAGCUGUAGCAAGAUUGUGUAUUAAAUCUGGGGAUAAGCCAAAAUUCUCUAUUCCCCAGAUAUUUAGGUAUCUCCAGAAGGUAGAAAAUACAUGCGAGUAAUGUCUGCACUCUCAGACACCUUUUAAAUGAAAUUAUUUUAUUGGUUGAAA